CCUUGCUCCCUCUCCGGUCAUCGCGUGGCUGUGUGUCGAUGUGUACCAAGUUUCCCCUCGUGGUUUUCAUCCCUCUCUCUUUCUCUCCCUGCCAUGUGAGGCACUAGGAUCUGCAUCACUCGUUUUCUCUUCAGACUCUGGAGGUGAUGAUGAGCAAGUGAUUCUUGGGACUGAAUGUGGUUGUAAUUAUGGUAACGACAGGGUGGGGGGCAUGGGCCCUCUCCCCUUGCAGACUCAUGCUGGUGGUCGGUUGGUCUGUGUGUCUGUCCCAGCAGCAGAACGUCGGUCUUGCAGACUGCAGCAGGAAAGUGCAUCCUGUUGUCUCCUAUCAAGCUCUGAGGAUGUGGGUGUUUGAGUUCUCCUAUCCAGGAGUGAAGGAUUUCUCCCAGCUGGCCAUGGACGUGAGCAGAAACCAGCUCAUUGUAGGAGCAAGAAACUUCCUCUUCCGACUCAGUUUAAGCAACACCUCCCUCAUACAGGCGACUGAAUGGGCUCCUGAUGAAGACACAAAGCGCUCAUGUCAAAGCAAGGGAAAAUCUGAGGACGAAUGUCAGAACUACAUUCGGGUUUUGCUGAUUAGUGGGAGAACGCUCUUCACAUGUGGGACUAACGCUUUUACACCUGUCUGCAUAUCUAGGCAGAUUUCCAACAUCAGUCAGGUUUUGGACACAGUGAACGGUGUCGCGCGCUGUCCCUACGACCCCCAGCACAACUCCACCGCCAUGGUGACGCAGAGGGGCGAAUUGUAUGCUGCCACAGUGAUCGACUUCUCCGGACGUGACCCGGUCAUCUACAGGAGCCUGGGGAACAUGCCGCCUCUUCGGACCGCCCAGUACAACUCCAAAUGGCUCAACGAACCUCAUUUUGUGUCUGCCUAUGAGAUUGGCCAGUUUGCCUACUUCUUCCUAAGAGAAACUGCUGUGGAAAACGACUGCGGGAAGAUGGUGUUCUCCAGGGUGGCGCGGGUCUGUAAGAACGACAUGGGGGGGCGUUUUCUGUUGGAAGACACCUGGACCACCUUCAUGAAGGCCCGCCUAAACUGUUCACGGUCAGGCGAAAUCCCCUUUUACUUCAAUGAGCUGCAGAGCACCUUCCACUUGCCAGAGCAAGACCUCAUUUAUGGCAUCUUUACCACGAAUCUGAACAGUAUAUCAGCUUCUGCUGUUUGUGCCUUCAAUCUGAGCUCCAUCACCUUGGCUUUCAAUGGACCCUUUCGCUACCAGGAGAACCCCCGCACUGCAUGGCUAUCUACUCCAAACCCUAUUCAAAAUUUCCAGUGCGGCAUACUGGAGGAGGACGGACCCGGGGGAAACCUGACAGAGCGCAGUCUUCAGGAUGCACAGCGGCUCUUCCUCAUGAGCGAUGUUAUCCAGCCCAUCACAAUCAACCCUUUGCUCACACAGGACAAUGUGCGCUUCUCCAAGCUGGUGGUGGACAUCGUGCAGGGCCGAGAUGCUCUCUACCACGUCAUGUACAUUGGCACAGAGUAUGGCAGCAUCCUGAAGGCUCUGGCCACAACCAACAAAAGCCUUCAUGGCUGCUACCUUGAGGAGUUCCGGAUCCUGCCUGAGGGGCAAAGAGGAACAAUAAAGAGUUUAAAACUCCUGCACAAGGAUAGGUCGCUGUUUGUGGGGCUGGAUGACCGACUGGUGAAGAUCCCGUUGGAACGUUGCUCCAGUUAUUCAGCCGAAAGGAACUGCUUGGACGCUCGGGAUCCUUACUGCGGAUGGGAUCUCGAACAGAAGCGCUGCACCACCAUCGAGGAGAGCUCCAACAUGAACCAGUGGAUCCAGAACAUCACUGAAUGCCCAGUGAGGAACCUAACGCAGGACGGUGGUUUUAGUCCCUGGGCAGCAUGGCGGACUUGUAACCACGACGAUGGGGAGGGGACUUUUAGCAGCUGCAAAUGUCGGUCCCGCUCGUGCGAUGGACCAGUGGCCAGAUGUGGAGGGGUAGAAUGUAAAGGUCCAACCAUACAAGUUGCAAACUGCUCCAGAAACGGAGGUUGGACUCCCUGGUCCUCCUGGGGUCAGUGCAGCAGUAGCUGCGGCAUCGGAUUUAAUGUGAGGCAGCGGUCCUGCAACAACCCGGCACCUCGGCACGGAGGGCGAAUCUGCGUUGGCCAAGGUCGGGAAGAGAGGCUGUGCAACGAGAAAAAGCCGUGCCCCCUGCCUGUGUUGUGGACAGCUUGGAGCCCCUGGGCUCACUGCAGUGCUGAAUGUGGUGGAGGGGUCCAGUCCAGGACUAGAAACUGUGAGAAUGGGAACAGCUGCCCUGGAUGUGCAAUGGAGUACAAAGUCUGCAACCUGGAGAGUUGCCCCGAGGUUCGCCGCAACACCCCAUGGACCCCCUGGAUGCCAGUCAACGUCAGUCACGAUGGGUCACGGCAGGAGCAGAGAUUCAGGUACACCUGCCGGGCACCGCUUCAAGACCUCCAGCAGCUCCAGCUGGGCAAGAAGAAGCUCGAGACCCGUUUCUGCCCAAAUGAUGGUACAGAAGCUUGCCAGACUGAUUCUCUGGUUGAAGAUUUGGUCCGGACUAUUGGCAGAACUAUGUCCCAGCCCCAAGGUGCUCUAUGGGGACUUUGGGAAACAUGGUCCAGCUGCUCCCAGCAAUGUUCCAGAGGUUUCCGAACCAGAAAACGUAGCUGCUCUACAUUAGAGGGCAGAACUAACCUGGCAGCUUGUGCUGGAUCCCCAGUGGAAUAUCAGGACUGUAACACUCACCCCUGCCCAGUGAGUGGAGCCUGGUCGUGCUGGACUGCCUGGUCCCAGUGCUCAUCCAGCUGUGGAGGCGGCCACUAUCAGCGAACUCGGACAUGCAGCAGACCGGCCCCUGCAAAUGGAGGAGACAUUUGUAUCGGCCUGCAUACAGAAGAGGCCCUCUGUAAUAUACACCCCUGUGAAGGCUGGGGUGAAUGGACAGACUGGGGUGAGUGUGACGACGAGGGUCUGCAGCAUCGCAGCCGUCGCUGUGGGGAGGAGAGGGAGGCUGAGGCCAGCCUCUGCCAGAGAAACCUUACUCAGUCCAGACCAUGCCAGCCACAUGAGGUGCCAGUGAUUUUACCUGGACAGGAGAACCAGAACUGUGGAACUUUUACCUUGUUCCAGUUGGUGGCAGUGGGCUCUGCCAGCUUCUUUGCUGCAGCUCUCCUCUCAGGCUUGGCAUACUCCUACUGCCACCACCUGAACCGACCAUCGGCAGAGUCAGCCGUCAUCCAUCCCAGCACACCCAACCACCUGACGUACAACAAGCAGGACAACGUCGCGCCAAAGAACGAGAAGUAUAUCCCCAUGGAGUUUAAGACGCUUAACAAGAACAAUCUUCACGUGAACGAUGAGACAUGCAACCACUUCUCCUCCCCGAUGGCCUCCAGCAACAUGUUCACCACCACCUACUACCCUCCCUGUGUAAGCAAGUAUGACUUCAAUCCAGACUCGCCCUGCAGGUCCUACAUUCACAGCUGAGAGGAGCCCACCUCUGUCCUUUUUUUCUUCUUAUCGACCCGAUGAACUGCUUCCUCGUCACCAUAAUAAGAGAAACAACAUGAAAGUAAAACAUCAAAAUAUUAUUCUGUCAAUUUUUCUUGGGGUUAUAGUAAGAACACACAGGGUCAGGUCACUCUAAAUGCAGUUAAAGCAUGUUUAAAUGUAGUUAUUUACUCAGUCCAUCUGAAGUUUUAUUUAAGGUACAGUUUCACCCAGUCAUCACAUUUUCUAUUUAAGGAGAAACAUCCUAACCUCACAUCAAAGUGUGGACAGUUUUUAAUUAAAAUCUGCUAAAUCAUUGUUUUAUAUAAUACUGUGUCUUCAUCUGACAAAUGUGCCCCAAUCCUCCAUCACCUCUCCCUGUUCCCCCACGUUUCCAACAUUUGCUCGGCCUGAAGGUGUAAAAAUUAGGAUAGAGAAGAACAAAGCUGAAAUGUCUACCUAAAUCAAGAAAUGACCACAACUUCAGUAUUAGAUUUUCUAAAAUUUUGGUUUUCUAGAAUUUUCUCCACAAUCUUCUACAUAUACAGGUACAACUCAAUAAAUUCUAAAUAAUAUGAUUAAAAAUGUAAUGUAUUUAAGUAAUUCAAUUCAAAAAGCCUAACAGUUAAUGUACUACAGACACAGUUACAUAGUUCAAGCAUUUAUUUCAGUUAAAUUUGAUAAUACUGGAAAUCUCAGUAAUAAAAACCCAAAAUUUUGUUUCUCUGAAAUUUAGAACAUUACAUAAGAGCAAUAAAAAUAAUUUCAUACAGAUAUGUAAUGGUAUGACAUACAAAAUUUGCUGACUUGACUCUCUAAAACCUUCCAAGCACCUACUCAAUAAUCUGUUUCACUGCAUAUUAAUAGAAAGUUGAGAGGAAGGAAAAAGUUAGGUAAAUAAGUGCAGAAGGAACACAAAUACCUGCUGUGAUGAGAAGAUUGUGAAGCUAAGCCGCUAUUAAAGCACCUGGGCUUUCCUAACACCUGAGCAGGGACACAGGCUUAUCUCCAUGCCAUGUUGUAAUUCAUGCAAAAGGAGCCCUGACCAAGUACUGAAUGCAAAUACUGUACAGAACAUGGACAUACUUCUCAGGAGGCUGACGUUUCUGUAUUUAAAAAAUAAUUUUAUUGCCCUUAUGUAAUAUACUAUUUUAAGAAAGUAAAUCACCAAAAUGAACAGAAAUCCAAAAUGUCAUUCCGUAUCUAUAUGACACACGUUUCGCUUUUUCAAUGGAAUUACUGUGACAAAUACAUUUUUUGAUGAAAUUCAAAUUUAUUGAGAAGCACCAAUAUUUUUUUUUAAGUCAAUCACAAACAAAGAACAGCGUUUGGUUGGGUUGACUCACGAGGCACAAAAACACCACUGACAAAGGCUCACUGGAAUCCAAAAAAAAUGCAGCAGCCUUCAACUCAAUAAGGAGGAUGUGUUUUCCAACGUACUCCCUGAAAACUGUGCUACAGUAAGACUGACAGAAAGGAUUCAACCUCCAGAGCUGUACAUCACCUGCAGAAACUCUCCAUACCUGGAUUGGCUACAAUUUAACAAGAACCAUCUACCUGUUGUGUGAACUUUAUACAUUUUUUUCCCAGUAUACUCAGAGACCCUCCUGGGCUGCAGGCUGGUUUACACCCAGCUGGGAAACAGACAUGCACACUGUGAAUGGAUUUAUGCUUUGAUGUGCAGAUUUGUUGCUCACUUGCUUUAAUUUUUGUGUCAAACCUACAAUGAAAAGAAGACUAAAUAGAAAACUUUAUGAUCCACUGUUCGUUGUUUUUUAAUCAGCAGAAUGUAUAAAUAAUCUUACAAGUGUUCAAAGAUGCCACGGUUGAAUAUUUGAGGAAAUGAACAUAAAAUUUUAUCCAACUAUA